AUGUCGACGGCGACGUUUGUUGAAGCACCCUGGUUAUCGACAUCCUACCACGGAUUGGUUGCACUUGCAUUGUUUACGGUAUCAAUGCUGAUCGCCUUUAACCUCCUGGGGACAACAACCAAACCGAAAUCGCCUGCAUACUACGAGGACAACGACAAGAUGGUCGAGGACGAAAGGCGGCUCCCACCUCAAGGACACAUCUUGCAUACUUCAGUGACGCAUGCCCGACUGUUACCUACGCCUUCGAAACACGCAUUCACGUACCCUGCACUCUUCCUGCUCGUCUCCGUCAAGGCUUUGGAAGGGGGAAGGUUGGAUUGUGGGGCAGGGUUCUCGUUUAGCAACACAACCACGCGAAGGUGGCCAUCAAUACUGGGCAUCUCUCCCAAUGGGUAUCUCACGAACACUGGGAAAGAGCGGACAACCAUCUUGCAGAGAGUGGACGGACUGUUGCGAGGGAGACGUUAUCUGGCUUCAGACCUUAGGCCACCUGGGGACGAGCAGGUUCACGACGCGUGGAUGCUGACUAUGCCCAGUUUGCUGGGGUGGGAGGGUAUCAACCCUCUUACCGUUUACUUUGUGUACACCAAGAAGGGCAGUCACGAUGUCGAAGGAGAGCCCAGCUUCAGAUUCGUGCUCUUGGAGGUUCACAACACUUUCGGCGAGAGUCAUGUGUAUGUGCUAGAGGUUGGGAAGACAGAGGACCCUCUGGACGAUACUGGAUCCCGACGCUUUGACCACCAGUGGACGUUCCGACGUGAAUUCCACGUCUCUCCUUUCAAUGAUAGAUCCGGAUUCUACACCGUUGCCGUCAAAAGACCGCUUUACGCUCCUAGUACCCCCUGUCCAGACAGGGCAGCUGGGAUAGGGAAGCCCGCUGUUAGUGUGCACCUGCACACGGACUCUCCUGUCCAUGCGACAGGCCCAGACCUCCCCCAGAGAGGACAACUCAAGUUAACGGCUCUCCUGCGACCCACCUUGGUGACUCCCCUACUCUCCACGCGAGACGUGAUGCAGGCACUCGGAAAGAUGCCCUUUGAGCUCGUAUUGACGAUGCCAAGGAUCCUAAAGCACGCAUGGCUCCUGUGCUUCAGGAAGGGGCUGGGCGUUUACCUGAGGCCAGAAAUGGUUUGGCCCUUGGGCAGAACUGAGGAGGCGCAGGGAGGAGGCGGGGUCAGAUGGCUCCAGGAGAGCUCAAUCGAGAGGUACGCCAGAGGGAGGGUCGAGAGGUUUAUCGGAAGAAGGAUGCAGGAGCUAAAGGCGAAUGGAAGGGCCAUUACAGUCAAGUUCGUACCCGCCAAUCUGGCAGAGGAUAUGAAGAUCUGGGAAACAGAGAGCAACGGGAGGCGAUGUUUGGAGAUACGAUAUCUUUCUUCGCAGUUCUUCAUCGACUUGCUGGUGUAUCCUUCGGCGAGCCAGGCAGCAGUUGCGGGAAGGAGGAAUGAUGUUUGGCAGGUGAAGGAGAGCGAGGAGGGCCUAUUCGAGGAAAUGUUUUCGAAGCGAACGUCACUCGGUUCCAACACUUUCUGGCAGCAAAUUAGGUUGUGGUCAAGACCAGAUAUAGCAACAGAAGUGCCAUCGAAUCAUUUCCUAGACGAUACCCCCUUGGUCUCUACAACGAAUGCAUGUGUAGUGUUGGUGACGUCUGGGUUAGAGAAACUGGAAAAAGGUGUCUUUUGGCUGCUUGGAGUAAGGGUUGUCAAUGACCUGAAGGACGGCGGAUGGGUUGGCAGCGUGAAGAGAGAAAGUUAG